AUGGCUCGCCUGAAAAGCUCACAAAAGCGUCGAGCUUCUGGUCCCAGCAGCUCCGACAGUAGUCGCUGCUUGAAGCGACAACGCCACGAGCUUCAGCCUACACCCGCCCAUCUCUACGCACCUGGGGACGGAGUCCUCGUAGUCGGAGACGGCGACUUCUCCUUUUCUCGCGGCCUCGUCAAGCACCGGGGCACUGGAUUGGGAGUCGUUGCAACCUCUUUCGACUCGGACAGUAAAGUCCGCGCCAAGUAUUCGAACGCGCACGAGUGCAUCGCAGCUGUGCAGUCGUCCCUCGGUCUUGUGUUGCACGACGUCGAUGCGACCAAGUUGCUAAAGUUGCCCCAACGCGUGCAGACGGGCACGGGGUCGAAGACCAUCCCCGACGUCUUCCAGUAUAUCAUCUUCAACUUCCCACACAGUGGUCAGCAGCGCGUGCACAUCAAUCGGGCACUGCUACUGGACUUUUUCGAGAGUGCACGGGAUCGCUUAUCGGUGCACGGGGAAGUUCACGUGACGCUCAAGACGCAGCCGCCGUACUCGAACUGGUUCGUCGAGGACCGAGCCAAAGAGGCUGGCUUUGUCCUCAAAGAGCGACGGAAGUUUGACAGUCGGCUUUUUCCGGGGUACCGCCAUCGCACGACGGAUCCACAAGCCAAGAAGUUUGACCCGGAUGUAUGUGUUACGUUUGUGUUCGUGGUGAACCGAUCCAAGUAUCCGUUCCAGGAACGUCAAGCUGAAUUGAAGGCGGUGAGUGCUGGUGUUGCAGCUACGGAAGCGAGCGAGCAACGCGACUUGGCGACUGCUAUUGUAAAUAUUGCAAAAGCGAAUGCGGCUGCAAGCCAGAACGUGGCUAUGAGCCAGAAUGUGGACAAAGACUCUGACUUUGUCGUGCGUCGCGCGCCGCCGAAAGAAUUAGUCAAGAGACCCACUCGCAUUGCAGCACUUUUUGAAGAGGAAGAACGCGGGAACGAGACCCGAUAUGGUGCUCACGCAACUUGCGGCGUAUUGUGGAAACCGCUGCACAGGCGAUCGAGUGGAAGUAUUCGUUAG